AUGGCAACCCAAACAAAAGACCGCAUAACAUGCCACGUCCUGGACACGGCGCAGGGUAAACCGGCGCGCGGCGUGCGCGUCCAGCUCUCGACGACGACGUCCUCGGCGCCGUCGCCGCCGGGCCAGCCGGCGAUCCAGAAGACGUUCGAGUCGCAGACGGACGACGACGGCCGCGUCAAGGCCUGGCUCCCCUACUCGUCCGAGGACACCGCCGGCGAGGUCCCCGUGUACACGCUCGAGGACGUCCUGGGCGAGAUCAGGGGCCCCUCGCGCUGGACGCUGCGCUUCGACACGGCCGCGUACUUUGGCGGCGACGACAAGACCUUCUUCCCCGAGGCCGUCGUCGUCUUCACCGUCCAGGAGGGCCAGCAUUAUCACGUCCCGCUGCUGCUGAGUCCUUACAGCUACACCACCUACCGUGGCAGCUGA